AUGGACAACCUCAGGACAUUGGUUGGAGAGUUCAUCAGGAUCAUUAUUGAUAAGCAAAGCGUUUCAAUGCCAAUCAGAAAGCAAAGCAUUAAAGACGGUCUUGGAAUUACACAAAAAGAAAUGCAUAUGCUGAUAAGGCAGGCAGACACACAUCUUCAAAAGUUAGGACUUGAAUUAGUAGGAAUCAACAAAGGUAGACUUGUGGGCAUUGAGCAUGCAGAGAAGUUCUUUAUUAGACGGUUAAAACCUUCGAGGAUGCCUCCAAGAAUCCCAAUAGAAGAUUUCAAGGGAAUCGUUGUAAUUUUUGCAUUUGUUAUUCUUGAGCAUUCAUGCAUUGAAGAAAAGAGGUUAUGCAAUCUUUUGCAUAAUGCUGGAGUGAUGCGAAGCGAAGAAGAGUUUUUCCAGAUUAUCAGUUGGGCAAAGAAGCAAGGAUAUCUUUGCACAUCUAAAGACAACGAACAGAGUAUUGUUGAACUUGGAUGGAAAUACCACUGCGAGUUUCCUGGAUUUGAUCCCAGAGCAUGCCUGAAGGCGUUUGCAUCUGACACUAAGGAGCAAUCUUGA